ACGUGGUGUAAGGCCAAAUAUAAACAGUACGACGCAUAUUGAAGGUAAACAUUGAGCUCAUCGGUCCAACAAGAAAAGGAUUUCUGAUAAACCUGAAUUCAUCCUUCGAAAACAGCUCCGGGCCGGAAUUUAGUACUACAGGGUACAAUCCUGACAUGGAGUAUUGUAUCUAAUAACAACAGAUACGUUCACACAGAUGGAGUUUCAGUAACAGUGAUUUAUCUAUAUUUAACUGUACAAAUUCGAUUUUCUAUAGCUUCGGUUAUCAUUUGUGUUCUACAACAGUUUUUUGGACGUCACUGAAGAUGAGGUGGGGACUGUCAUGUCUAAAAACGGGGGCGGCAGUGCCACUAAAGGAGGUUCAGAACGUUGCCUUGAUUGGUGCUUCUCUUGUUCACGUUGAUUCCAAUCUGCAAUAUCUAAACGAGACCAAUGACCCCAUCGAAGCAAACUUCACGUUUCCCCUGGAUACCGGCAGCGCCGUCUACCGAUUUGAAGCUGAAAUCGACUCACGGCUGAUUGUUGCAGAAUGUCAAGAGAAGUCACAGGCACGUGACACCUACCAACAGGCUGUAAGUAUUGGGCAGACGGCUGUGUUACUAGAGGAACACGACGAUACAGAUGAUAUCUUUGUGUGUCGCCUUGGAAACCUUCCACCCAAUGAGAAAGCCCUGCUGAAGAUUUGUUAUGUAUCUGAACUCCCGCAUGACCCGAAUGGUGCUCUAAGGUUCACACUGCCGACUGUACUCAAUCCGCGAUAUGGGGCAGAACACAACACGGGACCGGUCAAUACCCGAACAGAUGUCGUCUGCAUCAAUCCCGGAAGUUACGCAAUGAGUCUAGAUAUUACCGUGCAGAGCCAGCAAAAAAUCUCAAGCAUCGUUUCGGAGAAAGACCAGUUACAACUGUCCCCUGGCAAUAACGACCAUGUGUGGAAAGCUAGUAUCCGGUUUAAUGGAGGUACCCAACUUGAUCAUGAUAUUUCCAUAAUGAUUUUGUACCAGGAUAUGCACCAACCGCAAGCUAUAUUGGAACGAGGGACCAGAAGUCCAGACAAAGGGAUGCUUAACAUGGACGUGUUGAUGCUCAGCUUCUAUCCGGAGAUCGACUCUAAGUUCACAAGAACGUGUGGAGAAUUUAUUUUCAUCAUCGACAGGUCAGGUAGUAUGGCCAAUGACAAUAGGAUAGAGAGCGCACGGGAUACCCUUCUCCUGAUGAUCAAGAGUCUCCCUGUUGGAUGUUUUUUCAACGUUUAUAGCUUUGGGAACUACUUUCACAUCCUCUUCGACAAAGAUUCCGCCUGCAGUGUGCAGUAUAAUGAGCAGAGUAUGACGUACGCCCUGGACUAUGUACAGAAAAUGGAAGCAGAUAUGGGCGGUACAGAGAUACUGAAACCAUUGGAGGAUAUGUAUUCAAAGCCCUGCCUCCCCGGUCAUCCCCGACAGGUGAUCCUGUUGACGGAUGGAGAAGUAUGGAAUGUCACUGAUUGUCUGAAUCUCGUCCGGAGGAACGCCCAAACUACCAGGAUGUUUUCCGUGGGAAUCGGCGAAGGUGUGUCGACAGCAUUGGUAAAAGGACUAGCCAAAGCAGGGAAAGGCCGUGCUGAGUUUGUUAAGGGAAACGACAGAUUGCAGACAAAGGUGGUUUCACUUCUAAAGAGUGCCAUGCAAUCAGUGGUUACCAACAUACAGGUUGAUUUAGAACUUCCGCCGGAAGUGACUGGAUCGAUAGUCCCAAACGAUUGUCCUUCGUUAUUCAGCGGAGAGGAAUUUAUUAUGUACGCGGUGUUGAAAGGAUCAGAGUCGAUGGAAAGCAUACAAGGGAACAUCAUUUUACGAGGUGUCAUUGAAAAUCAGAUUUUUGAGCACAAACUAGCUUUCCAGGGACAACAUCAACAACAAAAUCUGGAUACGUCACUUCCUGUUCACAGGCUCACAGCCAAAGCUCUCAUACAGGAGCUUGAAGAUGAAGAAUCAGCGACACGUGACAUGAAUCGGAAAGCCACUACUGACAACCAAAAUAAGAUUGUACUUGUGAGUACGGCCACAAAUGUCAUCUCAAAGUACACAGCCUUUGUCGGAGUUGACAAACUCAGCAAGGUGCUACUUCCACAGGGCGUUGUCGAAAGAAGAACACAUCAAGGAGGAUGGUUUGGAGCAAGUUCGGGUGGGGGCGGAUUUGGAGCAAGUUCGGGUGGGGGCGGAAUGUUUGGAGCAAGCUCGGGUCGGAGUGGAAUGUUUGGAGCAAGUGUAACGGGGGGCCCGUCCUAUGGAUUAUUUGGAUGCAAACCAAGUCCCCAGUUUGGAUCAAGCAAUAGGCAUGGUGGAAUAACCCAGGCAAUGUUCGGUUCGAAGCCUAUAGACAAUGCUAGAUGCUUUGGCGGCAUGUUCGGAGCAGCAGCAUCUAAAUCUAAAGUAAUAAUAGGAAGUUCAGGAAACAUUGCGUCGAAUUUGUUUGCAAAGCCUGCCCCCACCUCCUCAACAUUUGGAGCACCCCAACAAACCUUUGCCGGAUUUGGGGGGUCACUACAAAGCUCUGCCUCAUUUGGAGCACAACAACAAAACUGCGGAUCGUCUGGAGGACUUAUGUUCGGUAGAGGAACACCUCUCCAGAAUUCUGCUCCUCAGCCACUUUCUGAGAAAACGAAACUGGUCCUUAUGCAAGGUUUCGACGGGUCUUGGGCACUGAGUGACGAAUUUGCCAAUUUCCUUGGGACUACAAGUGAGGGUCUUCAGCAGAGUUCACAAAUUCAGAAUCUAAAUGCAUGGGCGACCUGUCUUGCACUGGCAUGGCUUCACCUGAAAGAAUCGUUAAACAAAGAAGAGUGGUCGCUGAUCGAAAGCAAGGCUCUUCAAUGGCUACAACUUCAGGGUUUUACAGACGAAGAUAUGAAAAAUCUGUUUGCACAUGCGCAAAAUCAAAUUAAAAAUAUGUAAAAUUGAUUUCAAGAAGAUUAUGAGAAAGUUUAAAUCUUUUACUAAUAUGUUGUGUAUGAACAAUAAUUACACUUUGUCGCUAAGAAGCAGCUACACACAGACAAAAAGUAGUGUUUUUUUUUUUUGCCUUUUCGCUAAUUAUUUUAUUUAAGGUUCAUGGUACAUGGUACCACUGCUUCAGCUAUAAUCACGAAGAAGAGUUCAACUAUAGAACAUUCUUCCUUUUAUAAAUAAGAUGAAAAAUCCUACGAAGGGAGUUUUAUUGCUUAAAGUAAAAUCCCCAGUCAAGUUAUGAUAUCUUAAUGUUCAUUAAUGUUCAAACAACUCCAACAACCAGGUGGAGUAUACAAUGGUCUGGGGUGGGUGUUGCGGUAUCUGUGCUGUAGCAUUCAAGU